AUGAAUUCAGACGUGGAUAACACGAGUGGCAGCGGGAACUACAUCGAACUGGGUCCGCCCGAACGGACGCUGUACAGGUACCUGACGAUGGUGCUGCACCUCGUGCUGCUAGCAAGCAUCCUAGGCCUGGUGACCAUGGGGAUAUACUUCAUUCGAACCCCCUGCGAGCAAUGUGAUUUCUACAACAGGGUGCUGGCGAUAGCUAUAUGGAUUAAAAGCAUCGGACAUGUCAACCUGACAAUUACAAGAGUAAAGAAGCGAGACGAAAUAGAAAACAACGAACAGAUGAGAAGCCUAGUCAUAUAUUUAAUCAAGCUAUUUAACUCCUUGACCUUCCUCCUGCUGUUGUUGUCUCUUCACCUACUCCAUUUUUACAGAAACAAAUGCUCCUACUCCACGGUGGCUUUGAGGUUCAUAAAGCUCUUUUACUAUUUUACCAUCACCCUGUACUUCCUACCCCUCCUAUUUUAUAUCUCCCUUGGGUUAUUCCUUUCCAUAAUUAUUUGUGUCAUAAUAAAUUUCUCCGUUGAUGAAAACGAUCGCAUUCCAACUCCUGAAAAUGUCAUAAAUAAAUUGAGCGUCUUAAAAUACAGCGAUAUGGACUUUGCGCGUAAUGGGAAAAAUGAACAGGAAAAAAAAAAAAAAAUUAAAAAAACCCUCUUUUGA